UCUGUGAAAAAUUCCUAAGAUCUGUUGUUAAAACGCAGCGAAGGCUUAUCUUACCAUAUGUAUGGAAGCAAAGAAGAAAUUAUCUUUAUCGCGGGUUGGAUGUUUUAAAUAUUCACCACGUGCCUGAUUUGCAAAAGAAUCUCUUCAGAUGUGGCAAUAUCGUAAACUUAACGGCAGCUGAUUUAUUAAUAUCUCGCUAAAUAAUACCAUGUGUACGUUGGCUUAAAUAAAAAAAAGUGUAUUAGCCACUAAUCAAUACACCUAAGCAAACCAACAAAAAAGUGAAUAAAAUAAAUCGUAAACUAUGGGGAAAUUGAACGUAGAAUUUUUACGUUAUUUGAGUAAAGAAGAUUUCCGCGUAUUAACUGCGAUUGAAAUGGGAAUGAAGAAUCAUGAGCUGGUCACAGGUUCUUUGGCUGCAUCCAUAGCUAAUCUAAAAGCGGGAGGAGUUCAUAAACUCUUAAAAGAGUUGUGCAAACAUAAGCUAGUGUCUUAUGAAAGGGGUAAAAAAUUUGACGGAUACCGUUUAACAAAUACUGGUUAUGACUACUUAGCGCUAAAGUGCUUGACUUUACGCGGCUCAGUCACUUCGUUUGGCAAUCAAAUUGGUGUUGGAAAAGAGUCGAAUAUCUUCAUUGUAGCCGAUGAGGAUGAUAAUCCAAUUUGCUUAAAAUUACAUCGCUUAGGUAGAACUUGCUUUCGUAAUGUAAAAACUAAGCGCGAUUAUCAUGGGCGUCGUCAUAAAGCUUCUUGGCUAUACUUGUCUAGAAUAUCAGCUACACGAGAAUUUGCUUAUAUGACAGCUUUACAUGAACAUGGUUUCCCAGUACCUAAACCUAUUGAUUUUAAUCGCCAUUGCGUUUUAAUGGAGUUAAUUAAUGGCUGGCCUAUGACACAAAUACAUAAAUUGGGAGACCCUGAACAGGUUUAUGAUGAUCUGAUGAAUUUAAUAGUGCGUCUCGGUAAUUCUGGGGUAAUACAUGGAGAUUUCAACGAAUUUAAUAUAAUGUUAAACGAAGAAGACAAGCCGAUACUAAUCGAUUUUCCGCAAAUGAUGUCCACCUCUCAUGAAAAUGCGAAAUAUUUCUUUGACCGUGAUGUGAACUGUGUACGCGAACUAUUUCGUCGUAAGUAUGAUUACGAGAGUUCGGAAUAUCCUAAAUUCUCUGAUUUAAUUCGUCAAGACAAUUUGGAUAGUCAAGUGCAUUGCACAGGUUAUGGUGUUACUAAGGAUAUGGAAAAAGAUUUAAUGAAGGAAUAUGAUAUGAUUAAUGAGCCUGAAUUGGACGUCGAGGAAGCGCAACCAGCUACUCAAGAAGAAAUCGAAAUUUAUCGUCAACAACUUGAAAAUGAGAUCACUUUUAGCGAAUCAAAAACAUGCAAGGAAAGCGAUGCUUCAGUGAGACGUUAUAUAGAGUCGUGCACUCAAUAUUUAAGCAACAUACAACUAGGACCAGAAGUUGAUUUACCUGAAAAUGCAACAUCACUCACAGAAAAUCCAUUUGUAGGUCCUCAAACAGAAUUUGAGGAGACAAAUGCACAAGAACAUCAUCAGAAUAGCAACAACAAUCGGUCUAUAGGCGAAAUGACUGAUCCAGUAGCUGACGUUGAGGGCUUUCAGAAAGAUGAAAAUUCGAAGGAUUCAGAAACGGGUGAAGUACUAGAACUCGACAGGAAUUCACGUUUGGAUCGGUUAAGAAUUGUGGAAAAGUUAUUAGACGAUACGCGGUCGCAGCGUUCAUAUUCCACAAGAGCGAGUACUAUCGCUCCCACUGUUAUAAGCGAGCGUAUGAAACGUAACAUGGAGAAGAGGGAGAAAAUGGAAAUGCGUAAACGUUGUGUGGCAAAGGGCGAAGCAAGUGCCUUACAUCGUCAUCGUAAAGAUAAUAGGGAUGUCGUGAAAGAGUAUGCUGGCUGGGAAUUUUAACGGGGAAGACAAUUUUAUAUUCAUAAUUUUUUAUCAAUAAAAUUUUUGCAUAAAGCCACAACAAAAGAAGACAAGUCUUCCAUUGGCUUGGAU